AUGAUAAAUUUACCUCAUUCGAUGGAAAAAAAAACGGCACAACCAAGUUUAAGAGAGAUAUUUGAUGUAUCUAUACUUUUGGCUGUACCGAAAAAAAGAAGGUCGUUGGAAAGAAGAAAAUGCAGAAGAUUUGGCAUACCUGAGCUUCAUUAUAAAAUGCUUGUACCAAAAACAAAUAUAUUAACAUGUAAAAAAUGUGGUUCAUUUCACGAAGCAGGAGUGAUUUGUCCAACAUGUUACAGUCGAGUUAUGGCAGAAACGAAAGAAAUGCAAGAAGUUAUUGCUAAAAAUUUAGGUUUAUCCCCUGUAGAAGAAGAAGUUGUUGUCUUAUAUCAAGAUGAUGAUAAAUCGAAAGAAUAUUUUAAGGGUAAAAGAAUUGUAGAAAUGGAUAAACCAAGGCCAAAAAUAUUUUGUGAUAAUUUAUUGCAAAAAUCCACUCAUAAGGAAUCGAUUAGUACUGAUGUCGAGAUAAUUCCUCAAAUAAAAUGA